GACGAGCGGGAUUUGCGGACGCCGCGCCGCUGCCGGGAGCCGGCGGGGGCCCGAGAGUGACCGAGUCACGGCGGGCGCCGGCGGAGCCGCGGCCGCGUCGGACCCGCCUCCUGGAGGAGCUCAGCCCCGGCCAGGCCCGGCCCCAUUCCCGCCCCGCGCCGCCUCCCCGCCGCCGCCGCCGCCGCCGCGGGAGCGCUCCCCUGCCCACCCCGCCCCCGCGGCCGAGCCCGGGAGUCGAGUGGGAGUCGGCCGGCCGGGCGCGGGCAGCGCCGGGAGCCCGCGGUGGGGGCACACUGCAGCCGGGAGCCCGGGAGGGGCCGCGUCGCCAGCGUCUGAACUAGGAUGUCCCGACAUGAAGGUGUCAGCUGUGAUGCAUGUUUAAAAGGAAAUUUUCGAGGUCGCAGAUAUAAGUGUUUAAUUUGCUACGAUUACGAUCUUUGUGCAUCUUGUUAUGAGAGCGGGGCAACGACAACAAGGCAUACAACUGACCACCCGAUGCAGUGCAUAUUAACAAGGGUAGACUUUGAUUUGUACUAUGGUGGGGAAGCUUUCUCUGUAGAGCAGCCACAGUCUUUUACUUGUCCCUAUUGUGGAAAAAUGGGCUACACGGAAACAUCUCUUCAAGAACAUGUUACUUCUGAACAUGCAGAAACAUCAACAGAAGUGAUUUGUCCCAUAUGUGCAGCGUUACCUGGAGGAGAUCCUAAUCAUGUCACAGAUGACUUUGCAGCUCAUCUGACACUUGAACACAGAGCCCCUAGAGAUUUAGAUGAAUCGAGUGGUGUUCGACAUGUACGUAGAAUGUUUCACCCUGGGCGGGGGCUAGGAGGUCCUCGUGCUCGGAGAUCAAACAUGCACUUUACUAGCAGUUCUACUGGUGGACUCUCUUCUUCUCAGAGUUCAUACUCUCCAAGCAGUAGGGAAGCCAUGGAUCCUAUAGCUGAGCUGUUAUCUCAGUUAUCAGGAGUGAGACGUUCUGCAGGGGGACAGCUUAACUCUUCAGGCCCUUCCGCUUCUCAGUUGCAACAACUGCAGAUGCAGCUGCAGCUUGAGCGACAGCAUGCACAGGCAGCCCGGCAACAACUGGAGACUGCUCGCAACGCAAGUCGGCGCACUAACACAAGCAGCGUCACCACUACGAUCACACAGGCCACGGCCACAGCCAACACAGCCAACACAGAGAACAGCCCGCAGGCCCUCCACAACUCCCAGUUCCUGUUAACAAGGUUGAAUGAUCCCAAAAUGUCUGAAACAGAGCGCCAGUCCAUGGAGAGCGAGCGUGCAGACCGCAGCCUGUUUGUCCAGGAGCUCCUUCUGUCCACGUUAGUGCGCGAAGAGAGCUCGUCCUCAGAUGAGGAUGAUCGGGGGGAGAUGGCAGAUUUUGGUGCUAUGGGCUGUGUAGAUAUUAUGCCUUUAGAUGUUGCUUUAGAAAACCUAAAUUUAAAAGAGAGUAAUAAAGGAAAUGAGCCUCCACCACCUCCUCUUUGAUGACCUCCCCACUCGAAGACAAUGUCCUCUGUGCUGUAUUUGCCAAUGAAAGUGGACAACAGCUAUCCUGGGUUUGUGUGGUGAUUGUAAUUUCAGGUCUGUCACUCUUGUUACAUUGUGUACAUUCAAAAGGAAGAGAGAAAUAUAUAUGAUAAUCAUUUCCACUUAACUAAUUUUUACUUCUAGCAGGUAAAUGUAGGUAGCAGUGCAGGGUGAUCUCUGCUUCCUGUACCUUGACAUGCAAAAGGCUCUCCUAAUACUCCACAUUCAAACUGAAGAGGAAAAUUGAAAUCUCUAAUGAAGCUGCUGUGUGUAUUUAUGAAUAUUAAUGAAUAAAAACUGCUUGGAUGGUUUACCUAACUACUGCAUGAGGUUUUUUGCAGCGUGCAUGAGUUUCAGUGGCCUUGUUAUUUAAAAAUUAAAUACAAGGAGUAAAACUUUAAAAAAUAAAAUUAAAAAAUAAAAAUAAAAUACAAAGCCCAAAGCUUUCCCAGCGUUAUCCAAUGGUUACUGGCAGAGUAGCUUUUGAAUAAUGUCUGCCUGACUCACCCUUUUCCAUGUGCCUCCUACGCACAAAGCCAGCUCUGCAGUGGAACCCAGGGGGCCUAGCCAGCUAUGGCGCUCCACUGUAUGACUGUCCUGUCACCCUGUUAACUGGAGUCCAGCCUGUCUCUGUCUCUGUCUCACCAGAAGACACACUAGUAAAGGCAGGGUCCUCUGCAGGGCGACUAUGUGCCCUUUAGACAAAUCCUGUUUGUGUUUGUUGGAAGUUUUUACUUUUUGUGGUUGUUUAAAUUUUUUUGAUUGUUAAACAUUCAGGUGUAGAUGGAUUUCAUUUAUUCACUGUUCAGUGCAGUUAACCUGAAUUAUGUUGUCUUGUUUUUAAAAAUCUCACCUUCUCAAUCAUACUUUGUGCCGUUUAUGUGUGUGUGUGUGGUUUGCUGAGACAGAUCAGUAUCAGGGGAGCCUUCCCACAUCUUACCAACCAAAUUCUUAAUGCUCAUUUUAGCACCUUUUAUUUAUUGUUUUUCCCCUCCUGGCAUAAAAAGUAAAGUCUUUUAAUUGAUUCAUGCCACCCAUAUGCCUAUGUUAUUAAUCCUGUGUGUUGAAAAAAGAAAAAGUAGAACUGCCUUGGUUGUUAGGGUGUGGAGGAUGGGUGCUUUCUGUUUGUCUCCAGGUUUCACACUGGCUCCAGGGAGGGGCGGAGGCUCUGGGGGUGGGGCAGUUUUUGGAAUGUAAAUUUAGAACUUUUAAAAAAGAUGCGCAGCUUCUGAUCAAUUUCUAUGAGACUUAAUCUAAUCAUGUCUGGCUCCGGCCCUCUUCCCUGUGAGCCAUCCUCUGUUGGUUCUCUCUCCCGCCAUCUUGUCCUCCCCUCUCUUUCUUCAUGACAAGCAUACAGACUUGAACACCCCUGGGUGCUGUCAAGAACUGUGAAGUCCAUGGUCAUCCAAAUCUACCAAAAAAAGAAGUCACCCUCCAUGUCUAAAAAACUGUCGCUUCUCCUCGGAAACUUGAGACUCCACCAGCUUCCAGAUACAGUAGCUGUUUUCUUUGUCUUUGAUGGAAAUCUUCUGAGGGAACCACCCUCGCCGGGCUCCUGGUACACCAGAGGUCAAGGCCGGUGGGGUUUUCUUUUUUUAAUUGGUUGUUGAGAAGUUUCAGAAGUCCGUUUUCCAGCUGUGGUCGUUUCAGACACAUCUGCACCAUAACUCACACAUUUCAAUAAAGCAUUUUCAAGACUGUU